AUGUCUCACUCGUUGUUAUUACAGGAGCCUCCAUCGCCGGCAGCAGCGGCCACCAGCCGCAGGCGGCCAUGGGGACCCAACGGCCCUUCCAGCGGCCCUGCCAGUGCCAGCGGCAGCAGCAACGGCGGCAGCAGGAGCGGCAACAGGGGCGGGAUCACCUUCGGAGGGGGGGGGCUGAAUCUAGGCGGAAUCGGGGGAAUAGGGGGAAUUGGGGGAAUCGGGGGAAUUGGAGGGUUGGGGAUUGGGAGCGCUGGUGCGGAUGGUGGUGGUAGCAGCAGUGGCGGUGCUAAUAUCGGUGGUGGUGGUGGUGGUGGUGGUGGUGGUGGCGGUGGUGGCGGCGGCGGUAGUUUUAAGAGUUUUGGAGCUGGAGGCUUCAUGGGAGGCCCUGGUGGGUUUUUAGGAGCCGGAACAGGAGGAGGGGCCUCCUUUUUCAAGAACAUCCAACGGUCCUUAUCCAUAGCCGCGCCUGAUCGUGGCCGUCCGCCUCCUGCCCCCACCCUUCGGGUCCCCUCCUCCCAUUCCGCCACAUACGAAUCUCCCCCUUUCCGGCCCCAGCCUCCCCCUUCCCAUGGCGCUGCGUUUGGGGGAAGAUCGUCAGGCGGAGCAACAGAGCUUCAUAUAACGCUGGACGAGAUCCGGUUUGAGAACCAGAGCAGCAGCAGCAGCACCGGUGGAUUUGGGGCGAUUGCCAGUGGUAUAAGUGGUAGUGGCAGCGGUGGUGGUGGUAAUGGUAGUGGUGGGGACGGUCGUUCUGGUAGCACUGCUAUUGUCCGCACCCAUUCCGCCUCCUCCCCUGCCUCCCCAGGUUUCAGCGUCCUCUCUCUCUUCACCUCCCCUCCUCAAACCCACCACCACAACCAUCACAACCAGCAUCAGCAGCACAGCCAACAGCAGCAGUCGCGUCUGUCUCAGCCCUCCCCCCGUACCACUGCGGCUGACGUCAUCUCCUUCUUCACCUCCCCCUUCUCCCUCGGACCCUCCGCCUCCCCCGCACCUCUCCCCCGCCAAAGCUCUGCAGGAGGCGCCUCCCCCCUCCGCAGGUCGUUACCAGGGGGGGUGGUAUCUCCUGCUCUCUCUGGGGGUGGGGGAGGGGGGGGAAUUGGAGGGCUGUGGGCUAUGGUAACGCGGACCAGCAGCAGUGGGAUUGGUGGGGGAGGAGGCGGCCUGGAUGACGUGGCGGAGUCCCUACCCUUAUCUGCCACGUCAUCAAUGAACACGUCACUGGGGAUCCUAGCUGGCAUGUCGUCGCUGCGACCCGUGCAGGCGGAGCAGGCAGAGCCCUUAGAUGCGAGCUUUUUCGAGGAGGUGAGUGUAGGGGGAUGGGAGGUAGGCUCUGUUGCUGAUGUGGCAUCUGGCUGGCAGUGUGGCAAGCGGCAGCUGCAGCUGGAUGAGGUGUCGGAACAGCUGGCGACGCAAGUGAUGAGUCACCACGAGGAAAUGGGUGGGUGCUGCAGCAGGCAAGAUGUUGCAUGCUUCUGCUGGGUUCUGCUGGGUAUUGCAGGGCGCUGCUGGGUGCUGCUGGGGUGUUGGUGGUUACAGCUGUACGGUGCAGAGGGUUAUGCUGGGUGCUGCUGUGUUGGGAGAUGGAACACGCGGCGGCUGUUGAACAGUGCGCGCAAGGACAUUUCAAAGAACCUCGUGGUGUCCAACAACGUGCAGAAGAAACGCAUGGCCACUAGCAUGAUUCCCGUGUUGCAGCACAUGCAGCAGGUGGCACAGAUGAAGGCGCGUCUACAGCAGCUGGUGGAGGGCGCCCACUACCCCGCCGCCCUGCAGCUGUGCUCGCGCUGCCUCGUGCUCGUGGAGCAGAGCAGAGCGCUAUUGGCCAUAGGAGACAUGAGCAGCAGCCUUGAGGGCUGGCUGGCACGGGUGGUGGAUGAGGUGGACGCCAUUCUCUUCACAGUCUGCCGCCGCUACAACCCCACCGCCUACGCCACGGUGCUGGAUUCAUAUGCAGUGAUGAACGGGCUGCCCGCCCUGGCAGAGAAGGUGCACAACUUCUUCUCCCAGGCAGUGGUGUCCGAGACCUAUGACAUCCUGCUGCAGUUCGUGGAGCAGGGAAGCACAGAAGACGAUGCCAGAAGAAGCAGAAUGGCAUACAGUGAGCUGUGCGGGCAGCUGUCGGAUCGCUUCUUCUUCCUCUGCCUCAUUCGAACCAUGGAGCUCGUGUUUGAGCUCAUGUGCUCUCACCACGUCAUGAUGACUGCCCACCAUCCACUGCUCAAGACGGUAUCCGCUGCUGCUCCUCCCACUGCUCCUCCUGCUGCUCCUCCCACUGCUCCUCCUGCUGCUCCUCCUGCUGCUCCUCCCGCUGCUCCUCCCUCCGCUGCUCCUCCCUCUGCUGCUUCAAGCGCACCCCAAGGCACUGCAUCAGCGGUCCCCAUCGCCCAACCCACCAAUCCAUCCACACCUCCGCGCUCCUCCUCUCAGCCAUCGAAGCUUGACCCGGCGAGUGCAAGCAGCAGCAAGACUGGCAGUAAGGGUGCAGCAGAGAGGGGUGGUGGUGAGAGCAAGGCGAGUGGGGAGAGCAGGGUGAGUGGGGAGAGCAGGGUGAGUGGGGAGAGCAGGGUGAGUGGGGAGAGCAGGGUGAGUGGGGAGAGCAGAGCUGCCCCAGACCGGUUUGAAGACUCGCUGUGCUUGCCAGCUGCACAGGCUGUUGUGUUUGACGUCCCGGCGGAGGCACAGUCCAGCUCAGCACAGGCUGCUGCUGCUGCUGCGCCUGGCGCCAGUGGCAGCAGUGGUGCUGGUGGCAGCAACAGCGUUGCACCCAGCAGUGCUGCAGCACCCACUGGCAGUGGUGGUGGUGAUGGUUUCAGGCCGUCAGCAGCCAAUGAGCCGAUGCCAGUUGUCCCGUCGCCGGCCAGUGAGCUGACGCCAGCUGUGCGGGAGGCGGCAGCAGCAGCAGUGAGGGGUGCGCUAGAGAAGGGUCGGAAGACGGUGUGGGAGCUGGCUGCUCGCCGUGUUGCUGCACUUUUAUCUGCUCCUCCUGUGUGCUCUGGCACCUCGGAGCAGUUCCUGCAGGUGCGUGCCUCUGUUUCCAUACCUCUCUUUCUCACUCAGAGUGAAUCUUGCAGCAAUAGGGACGCGCUAGAGAAGGGCAGGAAGACGGUGUGGGAGCUGGCUGCUCGAAGGGUGGCGGCUCUGCUGUCUGCUCCUCCUGUGUGCUCCGGGACUUCUGAGCAAUUCUUGCAGGUGCGUGCUUGUGCCUCUGUUCUGUCUACAUCUCUGUUUCUGAUUCGCCAAUACAGGAAGGCGGUGUGGGAGCUGGCUUCUUCUCGCAGAGUGGCUGCUCUGCUGUCCGCUCCUCCUGUGUGUUCUGGCAUCUCGGAGGCGGGGAGGAAGGGGACACAGUCCUCUGUUCUCUGCCUGGUCGAAGAGUUUGUGCUGGCAGGGGAGGCGUUCACUCAAGCAAAGGCUGGGAGCCUGAGUCUUAGGGCCAAGAGGCACUCACCAUUCACCUUCUGGAUUCUGCUGCCUCCCUACCCACCCUCACAUCCCCUACAGAUUCUUUGUCUGGUCGAAGAGUUUGUGCUGGCAGGGGAGGCGUUCACCCAAGCGGAGGCAGGGAGCCUGCGGGGAAUUCUUUGUCUGGUUGAAGAGUUUGUGCUGGCAGGGGAGGCGUUCACCCAAGCGGAGACAGGAAGCCUGACUGAAGGCCAAGAUGGCUCGGCACCCACCAACAUGUUCAGCUCAUUUAUGCCUCUGCGUCCUUUCGUUGCCCUAUUCAAUCUCCCUCGUCACCUACAGAUCCUGUGUCUGGUGGAGGAUUUUGUGCUGGCAGGGGAGGCGUUCACCCAAGCAGAGGCGGGGAGCCUGAGACUUAGGGCCACGAGACACUCACCAUUCACCUUCUGGGUUUGUCUGCCUCCUCUCCUCCCUACCCACACUCAACCGCAGAUCCUGUGUCUGGUGGAGGAUUUUGUGCUGGCAGGGGAGGCGUUCACCCAAGCAGAGGCGGGGAGCCUGAGGGCCAAGAUGGGUCGGCAGUGCGACCAGUUCUUUCGGAACUACCACAGACAGGCACUGGAGGUGCUGCGGAUGAUGGUGGAGAGGGAAACAUGGCAGCCCCUCCCCCCGUCCUCCCAGCAAGCCCCCGAGGGGAUGCUGAGGGAGUUGGUGGUGGUGUCGCAAGGGGGGAUGGGGGGAGUGGCGCGGGAGAGAGCACGGGAGAGGGAUCGGGAGAUGCUGCGAGAUAAAUUCAUGGAUAUGGAACGAGAGAGGGAGAGGGAGAAGGAGCAAGAGAGGGGAAGGAUGAGUCCACAUUCAGCGUAUCAGAGCCCAGGAGGAGCAUAUGGAGCAGGGGUUUCUUCUGGGGGAGGUGGAUAUGGGGUAGGUAGGUUUGGAAGUGCAGCAGAGGGGGUGAACGAGCUUCGGCAGUACAGCUCUGAGCGAGUAGCUCCAAGAAAUGCCGCCCCAACUCCCACUGGCUCUGCUGAUGCUGGUGGUGAUGCUGGUGGCGGUGGUAGCUGGGGCAGUGGGUAUGAUUUGAAGAGUAAUAGCUACAGCCACAGCAGAGGUGGUGGUGUUGUUGCCGCUGUUAGCCCUUCCGGUGUUGCUGCUGUUUGUAGCGAUCCCACUGCUGCUGUGAGUGGUGCCAGCAGUGGCAUGAGAGGGGUUGAGAGCGGUUUAUUGAGGACGCGAGAGGAAGGGGAAGGAGUGGAGCAGGAGGAGGAGGAGGAUGAGGAGGAAGAGGAAGAGGAGGAGGAGAGUGAGGAGCUUCCCUUCCUUCCCCACUCCCCCUCCCUGCUGCCGCCCUCCCCAUGCUGCCCUCCUCAUGCCGCCCCCCACCUUGCUGCCCUUCCCUUGCCGCCCCUCCCCUCACCGCCCUCCCCCUGCCGCCCUCCCCCUACCACCCUCCUUCUCCCGCACGGCAGGCUGAUGGACUAUCAGGUCACGCUGCUGUUCUCUCUCGGACCCAUCUCAGCUGACGUCAUCAUGUCCGUGUGGCAGCUAUUCGACCUCUAUCUCAUCACAGUAUUCCGCAUCUUCGGCCAUCGGGAGGCCUUUGCUGCCCUGCGAUCCGCCGACCCUGCCGCCGCCCACUUGCUAUCCCCCAAGCUCCGUGCCGUGCUCACCAAGAUCCUGCACAAGUUUGAAGCCAUGGGCCUGCGUCCUCUCUCUCCUCCCUCCUUCUCUGAUGCUGCUGCCUCCGCUGCUGCCUCUGCUGCUGCUUCUGCUGCUGCUGCAGCUGCCGCCUCUUCUCUCGAAUCAACUACAGGGGCAUCUGCUGCUGGUGCUGCUGCUGGUGCGGCUAGAGGUGCUGGUGCUGGUGCUAGGGGUGGUGCUGCUGCAAGGGGUGGUGGAGAAGGCAAUGGGAGUGUGGCAGUGCGGCCGAGUCUGUUUGAUGGCAAGACUGGCACCAGGGUGCUCAUCUCCUCCUCCAACUUCUAUGCUCUCAGGGAGCGGUGUGUGGCGAUCGAGUCGCUGCUAUGGCUCUCCCACGUGGUGCAGGCAGCACGCCAACGCUUCCUCUCCCACCUGCCCAAGGCUUCGUGGCCGCUCCUUGAGUCCUACACCUCCGAAACCCUGGAGGUGGUACCAGAGCUCUGCGAGCAUGUGAUGAGAACAGCUGCUCGAUUGCUCAUCAACUUCACCAGUUACGCAGACAAGAUCGCAGCAGGGAGAUGGGAGUCCCACGACGUCACGUCCUACCACAGCCCCUACGUGGAUGCGCUCCUGUCGGAAUUCCGCCUUCUGCUACAGAGAUUGAACCACCUGGGCAUCCCAGUCCAGGUGCAGCACCAGCUGGUGCAGUUUGCAAUGGAGGCAGUAGCAGACGUGCUUGUCGAGGGCUUCUCGCGAGUCAAGCGCUGCUCCAAUGAGGGCCGGGCGCUUAUGUCCCUCGACCUGCAGGCCUUUCACCUGCCCGAGACAGAGUACCUCUACUGGGCGCUCAGCCACGCUUUGAGACAGAGUACCGGCCUUCUACCUGCCCGAGACAGAGUGGUGUGGCUGAUCAACCUGGUGGCAGUGACUAAGGGGUGGAGGAGGAAGACCCGCGUUGACCUCAUUGACCGAAUUGACCUCCGCUCUGCCAUGCCGUGCCCGUCUGUUUUCCCCCACUUCCAGGAGUAUUCACGAGCUCAAGACUCACGAGGUGGUGCAUUGGCUCAGGGCUUUACUCAUUGCCAGCAGGUGGGAGUUACGGUGUGCUACCAUGGUAUACGGAUCAUUCCAGCAUGUGCAAUAUAUCCUUUGCUUCCAGGAAACGGCUCCAAAAUCAAGAGUGCCUUUGCAUGA